UUUCUAAACCCAAUUUUCAACAAAACUCUUCUAAACAUAAAUUUUAUAUUACAUCAGGUUUAUUCUUCUCAAAUCUUCCAUUCUCCUUCUCAAACACUAAAAUCCUAACCUUCUCUGAAACAAAGUCUUCCCAAAUAUUCCCUUAUUCGAUUCGCAUUCAAAUGCUUGUUUAUGAUUGUGUGUCACAGCAAAUGCUCCUGUUACAAGGGCUUUCAUCAUCGCUUCAGCGCUUUUCUCAAUCUUCUUUGGGAUCCAAGAUCGUUUCAACACUUUGGGCUUGUCGUAUCAGAAGAGCAAAUGCAGAUGACGAACAUCCACACUUUGGAAAGCGAUUUCAAUUCAGUGAAAUCUGAAAUUGCGCAAGUGGUUGGAGAUACGGAGAAGAUGAAUAAGUCUAAGGUUGAGAUAUGCUCGACGAUACUGGAAAACCAGAAAAAGCUUGCUGCCUUGGAGUCUGAUUCAUCCAGACUUACGCAGGUAAAUAGGAUUGUGUCCAUUGAUAGAUCUUGUUAAAGUUAUUUCCAUUUACAAUGUGAAACUGAAAGGAUGAUGAAUCUAACUUUUUAUGACUGAACUUGGAUUUUGUUUUUUCUGUUGUAAAUUGUAAUCAAUGGUCCUUUCUAGUAGAAUGCAUGGUAUAUUUGGUUUCAUCAGUUAUUGUUUUGGCAUUUAGGAAAAUAUAAACAGUUUAUAUCAAAUACACUUAGAUUUAGCAAUUUAUUUCUGCUAUGACAUCAUUGACAUGCAUGCUGAAAAACUAUUUACAUUCUCAACAUAAAAUUAGAAUUUGAGGUGGAUGUGAAGAAAAGAGAGGACCUGAUUGUUUCUACCUUUUCUAUUGGGACUCAAAAUAGAAGUUCAAAAUUUGAGGUGUAUAUUGAAGUUCAAAAUUGAGAAACUGGAAUCUGAAUGUGAAGUAAAUAGAAAGCAGGGUUAAGUCCAUGGAAACUGAAGUGGAUGAUCAGAAUCUUAGGUAAGUUUUGGAGAGUAUAGAAUAAAGAUCUUCGUAUGUUGAUGACAGAGUUUAUGAAACUGUUGUUUAUGUCUUG